GAGACCGAGCCGGUCUUCCGGAUAUCCGCCUCCGCCGUCUUAUUUUCCUCGCUUCGCCAUCAACACAGCAUCCCCAGCGGCCCCAGUGUUACGUAUGUACCACGGCUACUCGAUACCGUACCGGUAUCCCUGCGUAACCAUGCAAUGGCGUCGUAAGCUUGUGUCACCAGGACAAGCUUCACAUAUCACCAUGACAGCUACCUAGUUCCCGGAUAUUCCCAGCCAUUCCGAACAUCCGACACCGUCGCCGCACCUACAUACCCCGCCAACAUGUCGUCCGACUCCCAGCUAGCCACACAGCUCUCCCUCGCGCCGCACCCCGAAGGCGGCUUCUUCCGCCGCAUACACGAGAACCCGCGGACAGUGCCCAACCCGUUCCCGAACCCGGCCAACCCGGACGACACGGUCCGUCUGGCUUCCACGAGCAUCCACUACCUUCUCACGCCCGCGUCGCCGAUCGGUCACUUCCACCGCAACAAGGCGCUCACGUACCACCUGCACCAUCGCGGCAGAGGCAGGUAUCGGCUGAUCCAUGAGGACGGCCGCGUAGAGGAGUAUGUGGUCGGCCCCGAUGUCGAGAAGGGAGAGAAGAUCAUGUGGGUCGUUGAGGGCGGCGUGUGGAAGUCUUCCGCGCUUGAGCCGUUGGAAGAUGGCGGUGACGGUGAGGGGCUGUUGAUCAGCGAGGUGGUCGUGCCCGGAUUCGACCUGAGGGAUCAUGAGUUUCUGGUUUGGAGUAGGCUUGUUGGGCUGGUCGGGGAGGAGAAGGCGGCGGAGUGGAGACACUUUCUGAAGGAGGGAAACCGCGGGGAAUAGACGCGAUUGGCAAUCUUCUCUCUCCGAAGUCCUUAGUCGGUGUGACAUCGUUGCUACUGAUGCUGAGCGUGAGUGAAAUGGGACGCGAAACUUGAAAGCCACUGCCCUGAUAUCAGUUUUGCUACAUACUCUUCAAAUAGCUAUCCCCGCUUCUCCAUCGAUUUGAGAUGUUUGGUUUACUCAUUCAUCGCAUG